CGCCAGGGAACCCCAAAAUGGAGGACUUCGCGCCCCGGACUUACGGCACCAGUGGCCUGGAUAACAGACCUCUUUUCGGGGAGACCUCGGCCAAGGAUCGAAUCAUCAAUUUAGUUGUUGGCGGCUUUACAUCCUUAUUGAUUCUUGUAACGCUCAUCAGUGCUUUUGUUUUCCCUCAACUACCUCCAAAACCACUGAAUAUAUUUUUUGCUGUCUGCAUCUCUUUGAGCAGUAUUACUGCCUGCAUACUUAUCUACUGGUAUCGACAAGGAGACUUAGAACCGAAAUUUAGAAAUCUCAUUUACUAUAUCUUAUUUUCUAUUAUCAUGUUAUGUAUAUGUGCAAACCUAUAUUUCCAUGAUGUGGGAAAGUGAAGCUGCCAAGGAGAAAUACUUACCAAGUUUCUUCAGAUUUGUAUUUUAAGGACUGAAUAAGAGCUGGGUAAGGUAUGCUGAACAACUCUCCUGCAGAUGUCUACUACAUGAUUUUCAUGUUAAUUGUAAAUUUAAAUUCCCUCUUUCAGGGGGAGCUACUCUAUAGAUCACUUUGCUUUUUCUUUAAGGAGCUGAUACUGCAUUUAAAACAUACCAACAGCACAAGCAAAUUUCCACUUUUGAAAUGAAAAAUUUUUUAUAAUGUAACUGCAUGGCGAGAGGCUAUUUAACAAUCUUGCAUUUUAAGACAAAUAAUCUUUUAUUUCUGUUAAACUGAAUAUACAAUUAUUGUUCCCUAGGCAACCAACUUUUGCUUAUAACUACAAUUUCACAUUAACAAAACACGGACGGUGAAAAGACAACUUUGAUUGUGAAUUCUAAUUACAAUAAUAAAUAAAAUAAUUUAUACAA